GCAAUGACUGUUCGGGAUACAGCUGGCAGAAUGAAGCAUGUUCUGAACGUCCAUGCCCAGGUAAUUUUUAUAAUUGAAUUUUUUGCACAGAUGCAUGAGAAUUUUUUCCUUUGUUGCAGUUGACGGAAAAUUUAGCAGCUGGUCAAACUGGACGUUUUGCUCUGCAACUUGUGGAGGUGGAGUAAGACGAAGGGUACGAUAUUGUGAUGAUCCUCCUCCAUCUUUUGGAGGAAGAAACUGUACUGGUCCUUGGUUGGAAACUGGUGAAUGCAACGAUGAAGUGUGCCCAAUUGAUGGUAAAUGGAGUGAAUGGGAAGAUUGGAGUAAUUGUUCAAAGUCAUGUGGAACGGGCUUUCACAUUAGGCUGCGGCACUGUAACAAUCCAGCUCCACGAUUUGGUGGACUAGAAUGUCCUGGAUUUGCUAGUGAAAACGAUACAUGCAACGUUCACUUUUGCCCAGUGAAUGGUUUCUGGAGCGACUGGGCAAGUUGGACUGUUUGUUCAAAGUCAUGUGAGGGUGGCAUUCAAUACCGAUCUCGGUUUUGUGACAACCCAAAACCUAAUCAUGAUGGACUUGAUUGUGUCGGAAGUGACCAAGAGAAUAGACCUUGCAAUCAGCAACAAUGUCCACUUGCUGGAGGAUGGAGUACGUGGAUGCCAUGGUCUACAUGUACAGCCACUUGCAAUGGUGGCACAAAGAGUCGGUCAAGAUUGUGCAACAAUCCCAAACCACAAUUUGGAGGGUUGCAAUGCCCCGGAUAUGGGUCAGAAGAUUAUCCAUGUGGCACAUCAAAUUGUCCAGUUCAUGGAGGCUGGAGUAGUUGGACUCAAUAUUCAAAGUGUAGCAAGUCAUGUCUGGGAGGUCUUCAAUGCAAAUAUCGUUACUGCAAUAAUCCUACUCCACGCUUUGGUGGAAACACAUGUUCUGGGGAACCACGAGGCUGUAUUCGGUGUAAUUUUUUUGAUUGCCCAGUUGAUGGUGCUUGGGGAAGUUGGUCACAAUGGUCGAAAUGCACUCGUAGUUGCGGUGGAGGCAUCAAACGAAGAUCACGUAAUUGUGAUAGCCCUGCUCCAGAAAAUGGAGGCAAAACUUGUGAUGGUUCUGCUGAAGAAAGACAACAGUGCAAUCAGGAAUCGUGUCCAGUUGAUGGAGGUUGGACUGACUGGUCAACGUGGAGUUUGUGCAGUGUAACUUGUGGAGGAGGUAAUGCUGUUAGAAGGAGAUUUUGCACGAAUCCCUCUCCACGGAAUGGUGGAAGGUACUGCGAGGGUGAUGAACUAGAAAAUGCAGCAUGCAGCACUACUCCAUGUCCAGUUGAUGGUGGUUGGACAGAGUGGACAGACUAUUCAGAAUGUACAACGACAUGUGGGUUUGAAGGCAAUCAACGACGUACGAGAUCAUGUACAAAUCCAGAGCCAAUGUACAAAGGUGAGCCUUGCGAUGGUCUCGAUGCAGAAGAAAAGACGUGUCCUAACGAAAAUUGUCCAGUGGAUGGCCAAUGGGCUGAGUGGUACUUGUCGGAAAGAUGCUCGCACACCUGCGAUUAUGGGACUGAGGUAUAUCGACGUAUCUGCUGGCCACAACCAAAACACGGAGGUAAACCUUGUGAGGGCAAUGAUACAGAAAGCAGAAUUUGCAAUCUGCAAACAUGUCCAACUAUUGAUGGGUUCUGGAUGCCAUGGUCAACAUGGUCAGCUUGUUCUAGUGCUGUUUGCAGGUCUGCAAAUCUAUACUCGACAAGAACAAGGCAACGAGCAUGUAGUGAACCUCAACAUGGCGGAAAAGAAUGCUCUGGAGAAGCGACACAAGAGCAGGAAUGCAGCGUUAGUUGCACAAGCAGUUGGUCAACUUGGUCGGAGCAGGAAAACAUAAAGGUGUGCUUUACCAAUGGCUACGUGGGCAGUUCUCGAAACAGAACCUGUGUGCACAGAUCCCUAACAGAUUGUCCCGUUGUCGAGAGAAGUUCUUGGAAGCCAUGUUCUAAAAAGUUUAAAUCUUGCUCCGCUAUUGAAUCCUAUCGUGGAUGGAUGGUGGCUAAUGGCAAGAUAGGCCCGGUAUCAGGAACAUAUUAUUCGAUGUAUAAUGAAGACAACGAAGUUGUAUAUCAACAUUGCCAGUUUGCCUGCUGUUGAUUGAAUGCGCGACGAUGACUCGUAAGUCUAGACGUGAACAAUAGCAUUGAUGUACUUUGCAAUAAAUUUUGAAUUGCUUACGCGGUUGGUGGAGUGCAAUCGUGCGACAAAUACAGGAAAGACUUGUGCGUACUGCAGUUCAGUUAUAUCUAUAUACUAUGCUGCUUCUUUAUCAAAUUCAUGUUUGACCUCAAUAUAUUACUGUUGUCCUUCCAAAUAUCAAUGAGCGUUUACAGGAGGAGGAAUGAAAAUUGUCAAGAGUAAAAACAGCUGCUCUAAAAAACAGACAUAAUUGUGAUCAAUGUUAGUUGGUACAGCUACAAUUUCGACAAAUAUAAGCUAUAAUCUUAGAUUCCUAUUUACAAGCACACUGAAAUAUUCUGAAAAGUACAACUCACGAGC